AUGGCGGCAUCACUGUUUACUUUCUCCUCCACUUCAAGAAGAGUCGUCCCAGCUCCAAACUCUCCUCCUCUUCCCAUAUACAUCAAAGCCACAAAUUUCGUUUUCAACCCUGAUAUACCAGAUGUUCAUCGCGGUCUUGGACUUACUGAUUUUGUCAAUUUUUUAGUAUCCUGCAGACUUCGAUACGCUAUCAGUGAGGUUCCAUCAGAGUUCUUUCCCGAACAAGUAUGUGAGUUCUACUACACCGCAACGGUUAAUGAUGAAAACACCAUCAUCUCUGGGACUAUUGGGCAUGGCCGUCGCUCAGUUUUUAUCACCGCUGAUCUCCUCAGUGCUGCACUCAGGUUACCAAUUUUUGAACCAUUCUCUGAGCUUCCAACUAUUCAACGUUGUCGACGCCUCUUUAUUCAACCGGGCUAUGAUCACUCGAAGGCUGGUGCUCGAUCAGCUCUGAUUCUACGUCAAUGUAUGACUCCAUGA